ACAUUUCUGAGAUUAAUCUGACAUUUUCUGUUUUUCUUUUUUUUUUCCUCAUUAGCAAAUUUUCACCUUUUGAAACUCAACAUUUCUAAGGUUUUGUUCAGCAAAAUUUAAACUUUUUCUUCUUUCUAGAAAAUGUGUGUUUUUGGCAGAAACGAUCUGGAUCUUUACUAACUAUUAUACGACGGAAAAACUUGAUCAAAAAUUUACAUUCUAAACAUUUUUCCAGUCACAAUAAGAAUCUCCAUAAACAGAUUUGCCAGCAAGGAUAUAAAAAUCGUUCGUUACUUUUAUUAUAUUCUGUUUGCAGAAGGAAACUCAGCUGCAGUUUUGAGAGCUAAAAUAAAUAAAAUAACUCUGGAAAACAACACCUGCAUGUUUGUUGUGUUUGUUUGCUGCAGGGCUGAAAGAGACGUAAAUAAACCAGGCUGCAGUUUCUGUUUGUUGCUGAAAUUUUGGGUUUUUAUUGCUGGCACUUAAAGUUUUUGACUCCCAAACUGAGUUAGUGUUUGUUUUUACUGAAACUUUUCGCUGCACUGUUGUUGCUUUUUGAUUAUGUGUUUGCUGCAAAUUACUGAAUCAAACUGCUAGAAGACAAACUGGACUGCAGUUUUUGCUUCAUCUCUCUGAUUAUUUUCGCCUUCAUGUUUUCAGACCACAGAUUUUCAGGUCAGUAAUUUUGUCUUUGCUUUAAAUGAACUGCAGUCGUCUGAAUCUCAUCACUGGCUGCUUUUUGUGGUCGAAGCUAACUGCUGCAGGCGCUGAUGGAGCGGCCUUUGACUGUUCCUGUAAAUUUCGUGAGACGGUCUUCACUCAGCUUCCCAUCAGUAAGUCCAUCAGGGAAACUGCUGGUUUCACACAAACAUCCUCCUGCAGGCAGGAAGAGGAACUCACCUGGUCUGCAAAGCAACAACUUACUAAAAUAAUGGAAAAAGUCAAAAGAGAUUUUUGUUAAUUUUUUUUUUAAUUCACCCCCUCUUUUUUUGCCUAAACAGAUUUAGGUAAAAUAACUUUUUGCAAAAAAAAAAAAAAAAAAAAAUGACAGUGAUAUUCAUCUUGAGCUAAAAGAUGUUUUAAAAAGUUGGAUAUGAUAGAAAUUAAUUUUAUUUAUGGGCUCAGGGUUUUCAUGUAGGUGUCGAAUAAAUAAAUAAAUAAUAUUAAAAUAAAAGCCAAUUUCAAUGUUUUCAUUUAUCUCUAAUGAUGUUUCGCUGUUAAAGUAACAGAAUCCACCUGCUCCUCUGAAACCACGUGACUGAUGAUGUCAGCCGAGCCACAAUCAAAGCCAGGAACCUGUAGACAAAAUGGUGUUAGUGCAUCCAUCCAUCCAUCCAUCCGUCCAUCCAUCCAUCCGUCCAUCCGGCCGGACAAAAACAAAACAGACAAAAACAGCGAAUGGCCUCAAUCUUCUGGCUUCUCCUUUUUCAGUUCCGCUGCAUUCAUGAAGUUCAGGAGGCAUAUGGGAAAAACAUUAGCCUCUCUGUUCACCCUCCCACCCUCUCUGUCUUGCUCUCUAAUCCGCCCACAUGAACCGUCUGAGGAAAAAAAUAGUGCAGGAGGUGACGCUCCUCCAAAGGAACAGAGAGGGAGAGGGAGAGGGAGAGGUGUCUACAGGCUGCAUCUCCACUCAAACAUUUGGAAGAGGGGGAGGAAGAGGAAGAGCUACACCCAGAGAGAGAGAGAGAGAGAGAGAGAGAGAGAGAGAGCAACAAAGACUGGCACUUCUGUUUUUUCUUUUUUGGCAAUAACAAAGAGGUGGGAGAGACAGAAAAUAGCAUAAAUAAGCGGGGGACUUCUGCUUCAUUUCAUCCGGAAGCCUCCAUCAUCAUGACCAUAACGCGCUUUAAGUAAUAUCCGGCAAUAAUAACGCGGCUUUCCAGCAACAGAUGCGCGCGAUGUGCUGCUGAUUUUGAGUGGAGAGGAAAGAAGGAGAACAAGAAGAAGAAAAGAGAUCAGCUGAAUGCCUGCGAGAAACUGGACUGAAAGCAUCAAGCAGAGAAAUCUGCGCUUUGAUUGAUCUUUUUCCGUAAAGCUUCAUGUGCGUGUCUGCGCGCGCACAGCAGCCGAACCUGAGCCAAGCGCGAACUCCUCAGACUCCUCCUCCCUCCUCCUCCUCCUCCCGUCGGUUUCUCGCAUCCUCUCCCUCCUCCCCCCCCCCCCCCCCCCACCCGGUGCUCUAUGCUCAGUUCGGUGUGUGUAUCCUCUUUCAAAGGGCGCAAGGGUGGGAACAAGUCGUCCAACAAAGCAUGUUACAGCGCAGACAUGACUUGUCCGUCGGAAAGCGAGAAAAUCGUGAUAAACUGCGGGGGGGUGCGGCAUGAGACGUACCGGAGCACCCUGAAGACGCUGCCCGGGACCCGCCUGUCGUGGCUCACCGAGCCGGACGCCUUCAGCAACUUCGACUACGACCCCAAAUUGGACGAGUUCUUCUUCGACCGCCACCCGUCGGUCUUCUCCUUCAUCCUCAACUACUACCGCACCGGGAAGUUGCACUGUCCCAACGAUGUGUGCGGUCCGCUGUUCGAGGAGGAGCUGGCCUUCUGGGGCAUCGACGAGACGGACGUGGAGGCGUGCUGCUGGAUGAACUACCGGCAGCACCGGGACGCGGAGGAGGCGCUGGACAGCUUCGAGACCCCGGAGCCGGAGGCGCCGGACGACGACCCGGCUCUGGGCGGCGCGGACGGGGACCUGAGGAGGCUGUGUCUGCAGGAGGACGCGCGGAGAGCGGGCUGGUGGAAGACCUGGCAGCCCCGAAUAUGGGCUCUGUUCGAGGACCCGUACUCCUCCAAAUACGCCCGGUAUGUGGCAUUCAUUUCCCUCUUCUUCAUCCUCAUCUCCAUUUCCACUUUCUGCAUGGAGACGCACGAGGCCUUUAACACCAUCCUAAACAGGACAGAGAACGUCACAGACGGCAACACAACCCACGAGGAGAUAGUGUACGAAGUGGUGACCGACAGCUGGUUGACGUACGUCGAAGGCGUCUGCGUCAUUUGGUUUACAAUUGAGGUCUUGCUGCGGGUCAUCUUCUGUCCAGACAAGUUGGAAUUCUUCAAAAGUGCCCUCAACAUCAUCGACUUUGUCGCCAUCCUACCCUUCUACCUGGAGGUGGGCUUGAGCGGUCUGUCCUCCAAAGCUGCCAAGGAUGUCCUGGGGUUCCUCCGUGUUGUCCGAUUCGUCCGUAUCCUCCGAAUCUUCAAGCUCACUCGCCACUUUGUGGGUCUCCGCGUCCUCGGCCACACCCUUCGUGCCAGCACCAAUGAAUUCCUCCUGCUUAUCAUCUUCUUAGCCCUUGGCGUCCUCAUCUUCGCCACUAUGAUCUACUACGCCGAGCGAAUUGGGGCAGACCCAGAUGACCCGACAGCCAGCGCCCACACCAACUUCAAGAACAUCCCCAUUGGGUUUUGGUGGGCCGUGGUGACAAUGACCACAUUGGGUUACGGUGAUAUGUACCCGGAGACGUGGUCAGGAAUGCUGGUGGGAGCGCUCUGUGCCUUGGCUGGUGUGCUGACCAUUGCUAUGCCUGUACCUGUCAUUGUCAACAACUUCGGCAUGUACUACUCUCUGGCUAUGGCCAAGCAAAAGCUGCCCAAAAAGAAGAACAAGCAUAUCCCUCGAGCGCCUCAGCCGGGGUCGCCCAACUACUGCAAGCCAGACGCCCUGGCAAUGGCCACUGCAUCACCGCAAAGGAUCUUGGGAAAUGUCUUAGGUGGAGUGAUGGGGUCUGGAGGAAUAGGGGGUGACUGUCCUCUUGCUCAGGAGGAAAUCAUAGAGAUCAACAGAGAUUCCAAGCAGAACGGUGACGCAGCCUCGGCCGCCUUGGCUAACGAGGACUGCCCCACCAUCGACCAGGUGCUGAGCCCGGACGAGCGGAGCCCCAUCGGGCGGGGCCCCACUCGGGAACGCUACCAGCAGGACCGAGCCUGCUUCCUACUCAACACCAGGGAAUUCCGUGCCACAGAUGGGAAUGUGCGGAAAGGUUGUGUCAUAUCACGCGUGUCGACCGGCCAAGAGAAAUCUCGCAGUCUCAAUAACAUAUCGGGAGUGGCGGGUUCGUCUCUGCGCCUCGCCCCCAUCACCAGUCCACCGUUUGAGAACUAUGAGACGCCGGGACAACUGCGCCGCUGCCGCUCUCCCAUCCCCUCCAUUUUGUAGCAGAACAAAAUCCUCGUGAUGCCAGAGAAACGCGGUGGAUUAGUUACGGAUCACGCUGAAACUUCCCUUUGCAUUAUAAUAUAUUGUGCAAACAAAAAAUAGCAAUAACGUUAAAUGAACUUGAACGUAGAGUGACUUCUGUUUGUGAUGCAUGCAUCAAGUAUGCAGAUGGGUUAAAGUACGAAACGUAGCUUUCAAGGAAGUUAUUGUAAACUAUUAGAUGAGACGUUAAAAUAUUGAGAUUGGCUCAAGGAUUAAAAAUAGCCUCACAGGUUUAAAGGGGGAAAAAAUGCAGAUAUUUUAGAAGUUAAAUUUGUAGAUAGACAUUCAUUUUGUGUUGCUAGUAUCUCCAGCCAGAGAAAUGAACAUGAAACAAGAAAACGUUCAUUUAGCCAAAGAAAAAAGUCUUUGUUCGUAGAUCACUUUGAUGUUAGCAGUUCUCUGCAUUCGUCGUUCGUGACUAAUGAUGUAAGAGGAUAGCAGAAAUCAUCGCUGUUAGCUCUUUGUUUCACUAUUGGCAUCCUGUCAUCAUAGGACACUUGUGUGGAAAGUUUAAGCUGCGACUUAAAGUGAUGUGUAGUAAAAAAAAAGAGAUGCCACGGUGUAUAUUAAGAUUAUAAACCGACUUCAUCUUAAUACACUGGGAACACGAUCCCUCAUAUGCAAAUAUUACCUUGGAGUUAGCCAGAAAAGGUCCAUUCUGUCAUUUUAAUGACAUAUAAAAUGAAGAUUUGUGCAAAAUGAGUUGUUCAUGGGGCAAACAUUCUUACCAGUUACAGAAAACCAGGAUAAUGUAGAUUUUUUUCCAGAUAGCAGUGGAUAAUUAGGUGGAGCUAAUGCUAAUGCUGCGUUCACACUGAACACAAUUUGAGCGUCAGGCGCUUCAAGUUCACAUUCAAAGUCUAAGUGGACGCGAGUCUAAAUCACGUUGGAACGAGCCGUUGUUUCCUGUUGCCUUUCUUUAUGGUAGAGAAACUGAGAGAGUGACACCAAAUUAUUAUGUAAUGAAAGCUUCUGCAAUCAUAACAGAGGCUCAGAUGCUUAACAUUUUAGAAUAUUUUAGAUAUGCUCAUAAAGAAAAAGAAAAUUAAAUCAGCAAAUUAAGGAUUUUUCUGAAAUAAUUUGGAGUUAUGAUCCACAGAAAAAUCAGCGGGGAAGCAGCAGGUUCCUGUAGCUCCGUUUUCACACCUUUAUUUAUUUAAUGACAGGAAAUGACUGAAUGGACCUUUAAAAAAAAAAUCAUUUUCUGGUAAGUGAUAUAAAUGAAGCAUUUAAUAUUUCCUCGUUUAUUUUUUUAACAAGAAACUUAACGCGAUGUAUUUAAAAAGCUCCUAACAAACUAAUUUUUGGAAAGUCAAAUUUGAACGACUUUAACUAGGAAGUUUAAAUAAAAACAAGCACUUUACUAACAGUCGGUGUUGAUCACUAACCUUUAACGUUUGCAUAAGGAGUGGAUUCUGCGCGAACACAAGCCACGCCAUUGAACACGCUUUGCUUCAUGAUUGUUCGUUUCUUUACUCAGGUUUUCUUUUCUUUAAAAUGUUUUUCUAAAAUGACUAAAUCAUCUCUUUUUUUUUCUCAUUUUACUGAAAACAAUCAAUACAUUUUGCUUUUAAAACCAAGAUAAAUAUCUUUCGGUGUAUAUUUUUCAUGUUUGUACAUUCUGUGUGGAGCAACAGAUCAGCAAAAAAAAGAGAAAAAAUGUCACAUUCACAUAUGCAAUAAAUGUGCAAUAUUUCUUUAAUGCUGGAAAACAUGCUGUGCAUAAACAUGUAAAUAUGCAGAUAUAUUUUUACCCUACAAAAAGGCAGACUACUUAUUCGCAUGUUUCAGCUCCUGUGGAUGUAAGUAGUAGAAGUGAUCAGAUCUGAGCCAUUUCCAUUUCCACGUCGAUGUUGUGGCAGCCGUCUGAAAUGGUUUUAGGUUGGAAAAAGUUUGAUAUUUUCCUUUUUUUCUGCUGCAUUUCACUGUAACGAUCCACACUGCUGUACCACUGGAUGGAUGUAAGAAGAAAAAGUCAAACUAAAAUCAGAACUGACUUAGGAUCACAUUUUCCACGUGUAAAAUUCGUCUGCUUGUUUCGGUGUUGCUAAUCUAACUGUUGCACUCUGUGGUCCUGGCACCAGUUUUUAAAUCCAUGUGCUUCCAAAGAACUGAAACUGGAGUUUGUAAAUGAGUCUCAUGUGAGCAGAUGAAUGUUUGUUUUAAUCGCCGACUGACUGGAAGUGAGUUGUGGGACUGAUGUGAACAGAAACGGAUUUUCACACAUAGAUUUAACAUUUUCAUGAAGAAAAAAGAAAAAGGUUGCAGUGUUGUAAUGCGAUCUGAACACUUGUCAUUCAGCAUGCUGAGCAGAUUUUCAGACUUUUUGUGUACAAUGUGAACCUAAACUCUGGUGGUGGGUUUUUUAAAUGAAGAGAAAACUUUAGUGAGCAUGCAGUGAGGAAAAAUUCACGCUGAUGUUGACCAUGACCAAACUGAGAUUUGGCUCAAAACAUUUGUUAGGAUCAUUUCUCUCCUUGUUUUUUUUUUUUUUUUUUGCUUGGCUCCUCAUUAACCCUCUUAGCCUCACUUACAUCUUGUAUAACCAUAAAGGGAGGAUAUUAUAUUCUGUGGAUUAUACUUAAAUCACUGGUCUACUUUAUCAUUUACAGUAAAAUAAGUAGGAAUAUUUUUGUGGACUGAUGCAACUGAAGGAAUCAAAUAAUGUCUUUUAUUUUGCACAUUUUUCCUCAUAUAAAUGCUAUUUACUCAUAUUUGUAUUUGUGUUUUAGUAACAUAGUUUUCUUCUGUUCCAGUGAGAGCUAAGUCAUAGUUUUGACAUAAAGUUGUAGGAUAUCAAACAGAAACAGGCCUUCCUGUGCCUCCAUGAGGUCCCUGUAGACCCUGAUGUCAGUUUAGGAUGCUAGAUUUAACUAGCUAAACCUUUACAGCAGCACUUAUUAUGGAAAAUGUACAUGUGAAGGCAUUAAAGUCAUUUGAAUUUACUGAUUAUUUAUGUUUACAUUAAGAUUUUCAACAAUGAUUGGACAUAUGCAGCUCUGGAAAAAUUAAGAGACAACUUAAAAUGAUCAGCUUCUCUGAUUUUACUUUUUCAUAGGUUCAUGUUUGAGUAAAUGAACAUUGUUCUUUUACUGUACAAACUACUGACAACAUAUCUCUGAAAUGCCAAGCAAAAAUGUAGUAUUUAUCUGCAAAAAAUGAAAAAGGGUAAAAAUAAGGAAAAAGCUGCAGGGCUUCCAGACCUGGAAUAACUCCAAGAAAACAAGUUCAUAUUCAUUUAGAAACAACAACUUUAAUGUUUUAACUCAGAAAUCAGUAUUUGGUGGAAGAAGCAGGAGGUUUCCAAUGAGCUUCAGUUCAUUUUUUCCAGAGCUGUUCAUUAUUUUACUAGAUGUUAUUGAUAAAAGGUUCAUGUCAAUAAAAACUGUCUUAAUAUCCGCAGACAGAAUUGGAUCACAUAAGGAAUAAAUGUAAUGUAGAUUAUUGAAUAGUUUCUUGCAAAACUAUUUUUAGUCUUUGAAAACGUAAACACGUUUUAUGUGAUAAACAAGAAUUCACGCACAAUUUUGAAGUGGAAGAAGAUACUUUUUUUUUUUCAAAUUUUAUUUACAUAUUAAAAGCUAGAAAAUAUGGCAUGCGUAUGUAUUCCCGCUUUUAUUACUUCACCCCUAAAUAAAAUUCAGUAAAAACCUUAAGAUGUCACUCAACAAGUAAAUAGGAUCAGUCUGUGUAUAAAUAAUAUAACUAACAUUUAUUUUAUUUCAGUUAAACUUUAUUUACAACUGCAGUUUUCUGUUGAAAACAUUUAAGUCUGGUUUGUUCAACAGCCAUGAAUUGUGUUUGACUUUUAAGCUCUGCAGUGACAGAAACACCACAUUUUGUUCAAAAGUGUAAUGUUGUAAAAUAACUACUAGUUACAACAUAGGAGAAUAUUUUGAUCAGAUGAUUUCAUCAGUUAGAAUAGAGUUAUGCCUUUAAGGAUUUAUUAAAAUGUACAGACUCAAAGAUCCAUGUAUGGAAGCCAUAUAGAAAAAAAUAAUCUGCAAUAGAUUACUAAUUAUUGUCAAACAUAUCAGAUCGCAUAACGCGUUCCCAUUAAAUUUUGAAUAUUCUUUUAAUUCACGUGUCAAACUGAAGGCGUGGGGGCCAAAUCUGGCCCGCCAUAGCUUUUUCUGUGGCCCUCUAGACUCAAGAUUACAUCAAUAAGUCUCCAGUUUUUCACAAAUCCUGAAAAUUCACAUAAAAUCAACAGAAACCCCCAAUUUCUUCUGAUUUUACAGCAAAUUUUUCUCAAAAUUGAUCAAAAACUUUGGGUUUAAUUGACCUCAGCUUUACUUAAUGUCAAGUUGCAGUCUGUGAUCGAUACAGCGAGUAUAAAAAUUCACAUUUAACCUCACACAUCAGUGCAAAUUUAAAAAUUCCUUACAAAUAUUUCUAAAUUAGCAACACAAAAUCUGUGAUUUUGAUUCCAAAAAGCCGCAAAAACAAAACCCUGAUCAGUGAUAGUUUAAUCUUAAGAAACACUGAUUGAAUGCUAAAACAAACAGCUAUUUAUAAAUAUCAUCUAUUAAUUUAGUGAUAAAAUGGGUUUUAUCAAUACAUUCUGGCACAACUGGCCCUUUAAGAACAUUCCGAUUUUUGAUUUGGCUGAAAAUUAAAUUAAGUUUGACUCUCCUGUUCUAGUUGCAAUUUGGAUUUAUUUUAAAAAAAAAAAAAAAACAAUUUACUACUUUCAAAAAGUUACAUGUAACUUUGGGAAGACGAAAACCAAUCACCACCUGAUAUUAGUUAUUAGUUAUUUUUGCUAAUCAGUCCAUGAUGCCAUCUAUAUGUAACAAAAUGGCAGCUGUUUGGACAAUGUUUUAAUGGCCUUGUUGCUGAAAGUGAGUUAUGUAAAUAAAGUUGCCUUUUAUGAUUCUGAAACAACAUCAAUAAAUCUCAAGUUUCCAAAAAUUCACGCCUUUAUGUCAUACUUAGGAGCAAUUUUCCAAUGAUACAAAGAUGGUGAAAAUAAGACAUUUUAUUGCAUAAAACAAUAGAUUCAUAGAUAACGUUUUAAGAAGUGACAUUACAAUCAGUUUUAAAUCAAAAUAGAAAAUGAAUAUAUAUGUAAAUCUAUAUAAAAGUAUAAUUACAUAGCUUUAAUUUUUUUUAAAUAGUUGAUAUUUGAGAAAUAGUUCAUUUUUGUCUCUGGAUCCCAUGUUUGUGUCUAUAUCUUAUUUUCUGUCCCAUUUUCCCAAUGCUGAGCUUGGCAGGACAGUGAGCUCAUUGUUUUAAUUAUUACUGUAUGAGAAUUCAUCAGAUAAAAACAUUGCAAACUUUAAAGUUUUACUGGAUUUGCUGUAAAAUUUGUGUCUCAUUGACUGCUAUUUUGUUGUUAAACAUGUUUACAGUUCAUUUUUCAUUAAAAUCCUGUUUAAAACCAUUUACAGUUGGUAUUUUUAACGCAAACGUUACAUAUUGUUUACUUGAUUUCCCCCGUUAUAAUGUAAUAUUCUACUGUUUAUUGAAAACGUUGUGUUUAUUUUUUUUUACUGGCCUGUUGGAGGUUUCAUGAACUUUGGUGACGCCUCUUCACUCCACGCCUCUUCCUGUGUCGACAUCAACAGAUAAAAAGUGGAAAAAUGAAGAGCAAACAGAAGAAGUUAAAAAGCAGCAGUAGUGGAUGAUGUCUGCUAUCAAUGGGUUUAAUGUAACACAAGAUUCAUUUUCCUUGUUUCCAUAAAGGAGGAUCCUUCAGAAAUGUUUUCAUUUCUCAUUUUGUGUCGUAGCAUUAACAUUUGCACCAUUUCCUAUCUGUAAAUUAGGUGUUUAGCACCAAUUAAAGGCACAAUUUAGAACCUAAAAACUCACCAUAAAUGCUAAGGCACAAAAUGACCGGUGCUAAAUUUACUGUUGUAUUUUACAGAAUGUUUAGCUUUUCUUUGAAAAGUGAAACCGUUUCUGGAUGUUUCUGAACAUCUUUCUUCGCAGUUUUGCAAACACAUGUAGGUCAAGCAGCACCAAAUCAUAUGCAGAGCUCUUUAAUGUUGUCCAGUUUGAGAAAAGUCAGUUUUCCAUAUUUUUGUAAUGUUUCCAUUUCAUAAUUUUGCUGUUUAAGACGAACCAACUAUUCCAGCAGAUUUAAGUGUUUGUUGUGUGUUGUUGAAGCAUUUUAUUUCAAUUUGUUCACUUCAUUCUGACACAGUUUAACUGCAGUUGACAGGUAAUGGUAACUCCUGAUUACUUUACAUUUGUUCAUAAUGUCAGAACCUAAUUAGCCAUUUGUUUUAAUGUGUAUUUGAGAAACCUCAGCUAACCGCAUAUGAAGCAGUUAAGUUUUGGUGCGACUGAACAUGAUUAUUUGAAGGUUGGCGGCGGUGAACUUGACAUUAACGGCUUUCUGUUUCUCUCUUUGCAGUGUUAAGUUUCUAGCGUUCGCCUUCUCUGUUAUGAGGAGUCAGUAACUGGUAAACAAAUUGCGGCGGGAGCCACAUAAGCGACAGGCUUGUCGCGGACGGACAGUUGAAAGGAGAUCUUUGAGGUGACGAGAGAGACCAGAGGGUAAUCAUGAAUUAAAAAAAAUAUAUAAAUAUGUAUCACAUGGUCUGCUCCUCACAUUGUUACCAAAGCAGCCUCUUGGAUCGCCAACCACACCUUUUUUGACAACAGUUCACCUGAACCCCCUCCCACCCGCCCACUUCUUCUUCCUGUGCCCCCUUCCCUUGUCCUUCAAGCGGACUGAGCAUUGCACUGACACACUUUUGGAGAAAACAGGACUCCUGAUGACACAUUCCAGACGACAUCUCUCUGACAGUGUUAUGAACGCCACCCUGCUUAUUGACCAAAUCGGCACCGCCUGCAGUGCCGAACCACUGAGCAAGUUUCCCGGUCAAGCACUCGUCUUUCACCUGGACUCAAACGAACAAUGUAGCAUCUCUGCUAACACACUGUAGCAUCUGUUGGUUGGGAAAUAUCUUGACUUAAAAACCAAUCCAUCCACAGUUCAAUGAGAGAGAAAAUUAUGCAUUCAAGGGAUCUUCUAGAUGUCACUCCUGUAUUCCUUUCCAGUGAAGUAGAAAGUCAUUGAGGGAGCACAUGAGAGACAAAGGAUUGGUCUUAUUCAAUACAACAAUUAAUUUAAAAAAGAGAGAGAGAUGCACAAAUAUAACAAUGCACAGUCUUUAACGGCACCUCCUGACAGCCCCUUGUUAAAGUUUAGCACUUGUAUAGUCUUCCAUUUACUUCUAUUAGACAGAAGUACUGCCCUGCUCAUCAAACAGCACUAACUCUGAAGCAGAACAAUCGAAGCACAUGUAGCAUUAUCUUAAACAAGUCAUUUUAUACUCACCCUAAAAAGUCUCCAUCACUAAAUAGUGAUGGAUAGACUUAUCUUUAUCUCUCAUGUACUGAUGUGGGCUUGCACGAAAAUCUAUGUUGGGUACCAAAGGUCCUUUAGCAUGCACUUGCUGAAUGACCCUCUGUAAUGUAUAGUAGAUUAGUAGAGAUAUUAAAUAUAGGGUGAGGCUUCUACUCCCUCUCAUGCUAACCAUCGUCUCUUAGUCCUUUGACUGCCAGUAGCUUCCCGUGCCUCACUGCACAUGUAGGAAACGUCCCCGUGUCUGGGUGACGGAGACUUGAUUAGUAAACAGACUGACUCGAGGAGUCAAACCCUGUUGGAAUAUCGGCCUAUCCUGCCUAAAUUACAAAAAAAAUGCAAACAGUUCUGCAUUAUUUUGAACGGGACCAAUCUGGUGAAUAUUUCCCAAACACUGCCAAUUAGGCGCCAAGACUCCUCUGAUGCAUACUGCCCUGCCUCUCUUGUCCCUCUUGCUGCCAACAUGUGCUUCACUGGCAACACAAUGUCACGAUGAAGUUCAGGGGGGAAAAGGGAGUCCUUCUAGGUCCAAAGGAUAUAUUCAGAGAAACGAACCAAGAGUAAGAACAAGUGUGGACGUGUACAAAGAGAACAAAUCUAUAUUUUGAUAAACAAAUCUACGAUGCUCCAUGACUUUGGAGAUGGGGUUCUGUCCGGGAAGAGUCUGGAAAAAAAAAAAGGUCUCAUACAAGAGAAGAAAAUUAGUUGGUGGAAAGGAUACAAGAAAAGAAGUAUUCUUUCAUGCUGGGGUGUGCAACAUAAUUUAACCCACAGGUGUUGGGGAUGAAAAAAGGUCUCUAGAAAGACCUUUAGCAAUGACUGACUCUUGCCCAUUCAGACAUGGAAAAGAAAAAGGAUGGACAAUAAGAAUAAUGGGAAAAAAAUGCAUUUUUGUAACUUUGUUUACCAGCAUGACUACUUUGCAUGACUGUCUUUUCUGCAAGCCCUUAGUUGAAGACAAGGGUGCUAGAGAUACAAAAAAGUAUAUAUAAAAUAAAUUUAAAAAAUGUUAUAUGCAAUUAAUGUUUUAAAAAAGAUUAUAAUUAAAGAGAAGAGCUAUAUUUUCUUUUGAGAAGUAAAAAAAAAUGUGAAUAUUGAAACAUGUAUGUUUGCAAAGUACACCCUGAACUAUGUUUUGUUUGAUGAAAUCUCUCUGCUACUACUGCCCUACACUCUUCAUUCCAGUGUUUAUGACCUCUGACAUGGUUUUUAUUUUGUAACGCGUUGAGCAGCACACUUUCUAAACAUUUAAUUGACCAACUUUGCCUGUAGCAUCUGAGCAAAGUGCUGUAGUUGUUGUCAGUCACAAAGUCCAUGUUUCCUCCUUGACUUGUUUGCACAUCUUCCGUAGCAAAAGCAGCACCCGUACUGAAACAGCAGCUCUCCGUGUUCUGAAAGCUUGAUUAGUACUCAUUGUUUGCUAGUUUUCUUUGGCAAUAACGCAAGAGUUGUCACGACUGUAGCUGAUAAAAACGGAGUCCUUUGAGUUAUCUUCAAAGCUUCAGUGUUGAAGGGAUUCCUAAGAGUCUUGGAUGCCUCGUUCGCAGAGAUAGCAGUCUCACCCUCUGCAGGAGAACAGGAAGACCAAUAAGAUAAUAAAAGAUGCAAUAUGGCGAGGAGUUGGGAGAGAUUUUUAAGUUUGCAUGGAAUUAACUGCCAUUCCAAAUUCAGAGCGUUGGCUUGAGGGACUCAGGUGCGCUGAUAGUGUACGUGGAUGUAGGUGUUUUGCUAUUUUCUUUUUAACAUAAUAAAUUUUAAUAUAUAGAAAAAUAAUAAUGUGAACACCUCACAGUGAUGUGUUAAAAAAUUAAAAAUCAAAAAAACAAAACAAAACAAAAAACAGCAUGCAUUAUGACUUGAUAAUCUCUCCAGGGGGAACAGAGUCUUGCCAUUUCCCUCCAGCCUUCUGUCAUUGUUCCUGUCACGAUUUCAGUCCGGAUAACUUUAUAAACACUGUGCCGUGUUGUAGAGCAGCAAAGUCUUCCUUGGAGAGGCAACUGAGAACUAUUCACACUCACAGUGUCGGCAUGAGUGUGUAGAGGUAGCUUGUCUUCAUUUUUUUUAAAAGGUCAGGUCUUUGCAUCUGUCAUUACCACACGGCCGAGUUCUUGUCAUCCCGCUGGCUAGUUCAUCGUAUCACAACGCAGUCAUGCAAGCACCAAUCAAAGAGACCCAGAGCUUCCAAAAUGAUGUCAGAAAAUGAUAAAGAAAAGGUAAGAAGUGGUCCACCUGGGGGAGCCUGAUGGUGACAAUGAAACAGUGACAGGUUGAAGGAAGACUAAGGUGAUCUGUGGAGUGUUGAGGGGUCUUCAAGAACUUCUUCUUUGGUUUGGUUUUCCCAGUGAGUUUCAAGCCCCGCUGGUCCGGGGUUUAGCUCAGGCAGCUGAACGGUCCUCCGCCCAUUUCUCGUUCAUUUCAGCGUGAUGUAGACGACAGAGAGCGUUAACAGUUCUGUUGAGUCUGCGCAGGUUUAACAGGGUCCACAACUUUCUCUAUUUGCAAAAAUCUUACUAACACACAGUUUUCAUUCUGGAACGUUCUCAGAGCUUGGAUGGCAACAGAGAUUUUUCAGAGGUGGCGUGCACAGCGGCAAAAAAACAAACAAAAAAAAACUUUGUGAUUCACCCAAUUGUUUGUAAGUUGUAUUUUUUAUUUCUUAUGGCCAGGCAGUGUUUUUAUUUUCAUGCUACUGUUUUUCAUUGUUAAGUUUGCCAUAUCUUUGUUCUCCACAUUGCGACUCUCUGCCAGCAGCAGGCUGAAAAAGAUGUCUUUUUUCCCCCUAAUGCAUAAUACUGCCAUUUGAUUUAGAUUUGUUGAACAGGAUGAGUUACAAUGUCGAUUGUGCUAAGUCUGUUUUAUUUUUUAAAGGUUUUCUAUCUGUUAGAAAACGUAAAAGAAAAAAGCAGUCACCUCAUACAACCAAAAGGACAGGAAUGCUUUGUGUUGGCGUGUUACUCUGAUUUGUCCUGAAGGUGCCACAUGGUCUUUGGACAACACCUCCUCCACAGCAUCCUGUUUGAUUUUACUUACAUGUUUGUUCGUUUUUCAAAAAAAUGUUUUCAUUGUGUCUCUUUUUGUUUGAGGACACUGUAUGCAAUCCACACCAUGUAUGCCACUGAUCGACACUUACUGUAAGCUCCCUGAGACACAGAUGUGCUGUCAUCAGUUUAGACAUUUUCAGCCACCUGUGGCUUUCCAUAGAGUGACAUAGCAAUCACGUAUAUCUUUAAAAAAGUAUUUUACAAAUUGAAAAUAUUACAGUUGUUUCAGAGCAAAUUAUAUCAUACUAUAUAAAGUUUUCUAAUAUAUGAAAUGUUAUUUUAAUGAUAAAAUCUAACAAGUCUAACCUCUUUACAAACAUCUAAUUUACUGCAUUCACAUAAGCAUCCCAAAGAUUCAUUUUACCUGCUAUUAUUGUGUAAAACAGACUUAGGUACUGGUCCAUUGUACUGUGGUCUUAAGUGGAGCCUGAAUGGGGAGAAGAGGUGAUCACUGAAGCAUCAGGUUGUGACUUAUGCCGGAUUUCAUUUUUGAAAUGUUGGGACAUGAAGAACAACUCAUCAAGAACUGUACAAAGUAUAUUUCAAUGGAAUGUUCAUGAUCUAUCUUUUUAUAUUUUGAAGAGAAAAAAAAAAUAGAAACAUAUCAAUAAAGCGUCAUAAUUGAACAUAUUUCUACUAUUGAGACUUAAAAUGUAUGAAUGUCAAUGCGAUCUAAUGUGAACCAACCUGCAUUGCAGCUUGAAUGAACAACUGAACAACAGUCAUGAGAUGCUUUUUCAGAGACAUUGAAAUUGCUUAAAAAUCACUGAGAUCAAACUAAAAUAAAUGGAAGAGUAAUCUCA